GCGAGCUUACAACCCGUACGUCCUCAAUUGAAAUCAUGUCUCUCGAGUCGACGUUCAGCGAGCUCAAGUCCGCUUUCUACGAAUCUCAUGACCACCAGCGCUGUCAGCCUUUGCUGUUAAAGCUCAAGGUGCAGUUGGCCGAGGAAGGCGUCUUGGUACCUUCACCAGAGGCACCACAUGCCAAGCUUCUCAUUGCACGAGAAGCACUUGAAAUUGGAGCAUAUACCGCAAUUCAUCUCACCUCGCCUUCAACUUUCGCCAGAUACUUUACCCAGCUUUCUCCCUUCUACUUUCCUUCACUGGGAUUGCCAGCCAGCGAACAUCAAUACCCUCUCACCGGUCUGCAUCUGCUGUACUUGCUCAGCGAGUCGAAGAUCGCUGAGUUCCAUAUCUUCUUGGAGAGUUUGGCUGAAAGUGAUUUGGAGCAGAAGUGGCUGAAGCACGCUGUUAUGUUGGAGAGGUGGUUGAUGGAGGGAAGCUACGACCGUGUAUGGCGAGCCAGAAAUGAGGCGCCGGCGGACGAGUACCUCUUUUUCAUGGAUAUGUUGAUGGAGACGAUCAGAAACGAGAUUGCCGAGUGCGCUGAGAGAGCAUACACUGUUCUGCCUCUGACCAACGCCAAGCAGAUUUUCUUCUUGGAGGACGAGUCUUCAGUGGUUGACUUCGCCAACGAGCAUGAGUGGGAUGUGCGUGAUUCGCGAAUCUACUUCCCCGCAGCUGGAGCUACGGACGGCGAUGCUAUGAUGAUUGAUGGUGAUGCUCAGAAGGCAGGCGUGGCGUUGAAGAGUACGGGACUACCGACGGAGAAGAUGAUUGCGCAAACGUUGGAGUACGCGAGGGAGUUGGAGCAGAUUGUCUAGAGGCAGUC